UUGGCUGUAGAAGGUCCACUUGCCUUGUGGCUGCCUUUGGCUGUAUGGUGCACGAAUGCAUGUGUUUCGCGGUUUAUGCGUCUCAUGAUUGAAAGCGCAGGUGCUAUGCUCUCUCUCUCUCUCGCGUUCCACUUUUAACGGAUAUCCCGAGGAACGACAGAUGCAUCUGUUACCGAGGAACGACAGAUGCAUCUGUUAUCGAGCAGGAGCGGAGCAGAAAACUGCGAUAAUAAUACUGUUACCGUCACAAGGGCUAUCUUCGUGCGAGAAGGAAGAUCGCGACUGUGACUGUCAGAUUAGAGUUGCCUGCACCUGCAAUUCCUGUUCCUUCUCGGGGCAAAGUACUCAGUUUAAAGUACUCAGUUUUCACAUCUGAACUCUCAGCUUUGUGCGCCUCAUGUACGCGCUUGCGUGCGUACAUUUGUAGCCCGUCUUCGUCUCCGUGCGUCUGCAACCUCCGGAGCGCUGGGCGGCUGAGCGGGAGACUCAAUCAAUGAUCGUGACCGCGUCAGCCUCGUUAGAGAUCCGAGCGAUGCGUCUUGUCUUGUUCUUCGACGUGCGAAGUGCUGUCCGCCGCCACUUUUUCUCCUCUCUCUCUCGUCCUCCACACCCCUCCGUUCUCCUCUUUCCCUCCUUUGUCCUCUCGAGCCCAUCCUUUCUUCUAAUCUGUCUUUUGUCCUCGGCCUCCGUGUCUUGUACGGAACCCCGACGGAGCUUGUAUGGAGCCCCGACGGAGCUUGUACGGAGCCCCGACGGAGCUUGUACCGAGCCCCGACGGAGCUUGUACGGAGCCCCGACGGAGCUUGUACGGAGCCCCGACGGAGUUUGUACGGAGCCGCGACAGCGACUCCUUUUGUUUGUACUCUUGCCUCCAUGUCUUGUUUCUGGAGUGGGCGGCGCCAACGUCACCAUCUUUGUCUUCCCUUUUGUGUUUUGUAAUUCAGUUGUUGCUUCUUUUACCUUGUCUUCUUCUUCCCAUUGUUCAUCCCUUACUGGUUAUCUGUCAACAAUUAUUUUCGAGGUGUUUUUCUUUCUAUCUGUCCUUUCCUGCUCCUCUGUUUCCUUCUCCCCCCCCCGCCGCCGCCGCCGCCGCCGCCGUGUCUUCCGCUGAAGGUUGGUUAUCUGUGGCCCGAGAGCUUAGGAGCGCAGUCUGGAGGCAGCUAUCUUGAUCUUGCCGCAGAUUGGAUCUUGUCGGGUUCGGCCUUCGUGGUUCUCUGUUGUGGUUGUGGGCAAGUGAUAGCGAUCUCCUCGCGCGUGCGGUUCGUCGACACAGGUUGUCCCUCCCUCUCUGCUGAUUACCGACCGACAUUGUGACCAACCUUUCUUCCUCAAUGAGGUUGUUAUAGUAAUUGGUACUUCCUGUGGCUGGUGAGCUGAGGCUUCUUCCUCUUGAGAGUUGGUGGAAGAGAGUAGGAGGCUGGAUGCAUGGUCGUUUCUCUUUAGGGGUGGUGGAAGAGAGAGAGGGGGCACACAACGAUGCAGGCCCUGUUGUUUUGCACAAGGAUGGACAAAGGGAGAGCAGUUAUGAAGGAUACGAGUAAAUGGGGCCGUGCAACGUAGAAUGACAGGUUUAGAGAGAUAUUGGCAGGGUUUCCGGGGGAAAUAGGAAAAGCAUGUUUGGGUGGUGGCGGCGGCGGCGGCGCGAGGGGUGAUAGUUUGACUUGAUGUGGGAACGGCGUGUUUGGCUAGCACGAUCGUCGAUGGCGAUAUGGUGAUCCGUCGACCAUCUGGUGCAGCCUGCGCGAGUCGAUUCCCUUGCCCUCGGUAAGCAGCAGAUAUCACGAACGGAUCUGAUAUGUGGACAACGUCAUUUAAGGCAGAAGUUGGCGUCGGCGGUACGUCGAGGACAGUUUGACGAGAGCAUCUUAACGAAUCAUUGACACGAUGGCGAUCUCUUGAUGAAUCGAGAGAGAGCGGAGCAUGACAGUGAAGGUCUUGUGAGGGGAGUGGAGGAGAGAGGGUGAGACGGGGUGGUGUGGUGUACAGGAGGAGGAGGAGGAUGCAGGUCGGUGGGGACCACACCAGGAGGAGGACGCAAGGCGGGGAAUUGCAAUUGGUAGGACUAUGUGGCAGCACAGUUGGGAUUAUUGUUGAUGAAUGACUUCAUCAUUCAGUUCAGCCCGGUGUGGCGUCUGACAUGUACAUAGGCUCUCUCGCAUUCAGAAAUCUUUUUAAACUGUAGGAGCGCAAACUUUCUUCCCCCCCUCCCCCCCCCCCCUUUCUCUCUUCACUGUUCAAGGAAUGAUGAUGAAAGAAUGAAUGGCUUACGUGAAA